AACAAACCAGAAACACACACAGACGGAAAUGGAAGAAGUAAAUUGUAUCUAUACAGAAAGAGAAACAAAAGAGAAAAUCUAGAGCUAGAAAGGAAGGUAGCGAGAGAGAGUGAUGACAAUGGACAGGGAGAAGGAGAGGGAAUUAGAGCUCGAAAGUGCAAUGUACACCAACUGCUUGUUAUUAGGGCUUGAUCCGUCGAUCAUCGGAAUCGGAGCCAACAGCGGUGCUCCUCGGGUUGGACUUUUUCGUCACUCAAACCCUAAAUUAGGCGAACAGCUUCUAUACUUCAUCUUAUCUUCUCUAAGAGGCCCAAUUCAAUCCGCAAAAGAUUUCGAUAAGGUUUGGCCAAUUUUUGAUUCUGCGCAAUCACGCGACUUUCGGAAGGUUGUGCAAAGUAUUAUAAGUGAGCUCGAAUCGCAAGGGACUUUACCGAGGAGCAAUGCUAGGGUUUCGUCCCUUGCUACAUGUUGCGGACCAAGAUUUGUUGAACUUUUGUGGCAACUUUCUUUGCAUGCUUUGCGAGAGGUUCAUAGACGAACUUUUGCAGCUGAUGUAGCUUCUAACCCGCUGCCUGCUUCAUUGACAGAUGUAGCUUUCUCGCAUGCGGCUGCCCUACUUCCUAUAACAAAGGCUAGAAUAGCACUCGAACGAAGGAGGUUUUUGAAAAAUGCAGAGACAGCAGUCCAUAGACAGGCUAUGUGGUCAAAUUUGGCUCAUGAAAUGACUGCAGAAUUCCGUGGUCUUUGCGCGGAAGAGGCUUAUUUGCAGCAAGAGUUGGAAAAACUGCAUGACUUGAGGAACAAGGUGAAAUUGGAAGGGGAACUGUGGGACGAACUUGUAUCUAGCUCAAGUCAGAACUCUCAUUUAGUUCAAAGAGCAACUCGCUUGUGGGACUCUUUGUUAGCUCGUAAGAGCCAGCAUGAAGUUCUUGCUUCGGGCCCUAUCGAGGACCUGAUAUCUCACCGGGAGCAUAGGUACCGCAUCUCUGGGUCAUCUUUGCUUGCAGCUAUGGAUCAAAGUUCUCCGGAGGCCCCUUGUACAGAUGUUUUGUCUGUCCAACCUGGAGAUCUGGCUUCAAUGCAAUUAGAUGACAAACAAGUGGAUGGUACAUUAAUUAAUGUAAACCGAGAAAAGCUUAAGAACAAUUUAAAUUCUUCUACUCUACAAAUAAAUGAUGAAACAUUUUCUCGAGUGGAUGAUAGAAGUGGAAGAGUCCACCCCUCUGUUGAUAUAGCAGAAAUUCUCAGGCGCUGGACACAUGCCUUGCAACGUAUACAUAAACAGUCGCUUCAUCUGGCAAAAGCCAAUGAUGGAGAGGGUCCAGACCUUCUACGGAGUGCAGACGAGGGUGGUACGAAUGGCCAUGCUGACUCAUUAGCUUCCACUCUUGAUGAACAUCGGCAACACCUAGCUAGCAUCCAGGUGCUCAUCAAUCAACUGAAGGAAGUUGCACCAGCAAUACAAAAUUCAAUAUCAGAGCUAACAGAGGAAGUGAACAGCAUUUCCUCGAAUAUUUCUCCAAUGAACAAAAGUCAUGGCAGAUCCACUUCACCUAUCCAAGCACAGAGCAGUGGAAGAACAUUGGAAAGUAGCACUGAUGAGGUUGCUGAGGUAACUUCAAGAUUGUCAACCGUUCAGUUAGAGAAAGUUUCAGCCAGUCCCCCUGUUUUAAAACUCCCACCUUUAUUUAGUUUGACACCAAAUUCUUCUGGGAAAGGUGGGAACGUGCAAAAGCGACACACCUUAGCUCAAACCAAUCAAAUAGAAAAUUUGUCAGAAAGAAGGUCACUGGACCAGCCUCUCUCAAAUAAUCAUGUAGAUCCACCACAAGACAAUGACAAUUCUUAUGUCCAGAACCUAAAGAGAUCUGUCAGAGAAGCAGCUCUGUCAGUGCAAUCCUGCAAUUUGGAACCAUCACAAGAGAGUUGCUCUGAUGAUAGCUCUGAGCACUUCUUUGUUCCACUUUCUACUACUGGGUUUUCUCAUAAGGGGUCAGAAAAUAAACUGGGUGUAAGAAAUAAACAGUUUACUUCUCAAGCAGAUCCCUCGCUUGAGAAUCGUGCUCGUGGUGGUCAUUUUGGGAGCAAGUACUAUGAAUUGUCAGAUGUGUUAAAUGGUUUGGACACACUCAGGGAAUAUGACCGAGUAAAUGGUUUUUUCUCAGCUGCUGGUUCAAAUCGUGUAGUUUCUGCUCCACAGAAGUCAUUUUAUGACAUGGAUGGAGCUGAGGAUCAAGUCUUCUCACCUCCUUUGCUGAUGGACUCAUCACUGUUGGCAGAAUCUUAUGAGGAUUUACUUGCGCCGUUGUCAGAAACUGAAACCGCUUUGAUGGAACAUUAAACUCUCAGUCUGGUCAGUGUAGUUGUGGUGUUCUUCAGCAGGAGAUGAUGUUUUUAGUGGCUGUAACAGUUUUGUUUUUCAUUUCCCAGAUGAUAUAAUACUUGUUCCAUUCUUCGUUUUUUAUGACCUCCUGGUGCUUGUGUGAUCUUCAUGUUUCUUCCUCCUGCUUUGUAUAUUUCUGCACCCUGUUGUAUCACGUCUGGAAUCAAUCUUAUUGGGUGGAAGAGGUGAUGAAUAUUUGCAUUGGUGCUUCUGUACAUGCUUCAUUGAUGCCUGGAAUUCGAAGUGAUCCUCAGAGACUAUAAUAUGAUCACUGUGGUCUGCCCGGAAAUCUUUCAAGACUUCCGUAUGACCAGGAAAGGAAGGAGGAGGAAAUAGAAGUGGUUACAAUUCUUACCCGACUAAGCAGCUGGCAGUGAAGCGUCAUUCCUCGAAAGUGUCCUGUGUUGCUGAAGUGCCAAAGAUCUAUUGUUGAUGUAUCUAUCACUUGUACGAUUCUCUGUUGCAGCUACAUGAUAAAGUGAAAUCUUGGCUGUUGAAAUAUUUUAUUCUUUUUUUCCUUGUAUGGCAGCAAUUAUAAUCUUAUUGUUGAACUACUUAUUAAUGAUUGGUUGUUAUUUUCAAGAACUAAAAUGAUUGGUUGUUA